GUAGACUGUUUGUUUUAAAAAAAAAAAAAAAACUGUAGACCGGGGAUAUAUAGGAACGGUAGAUUUUAGUCUUGUUUUCUUAUGAUGCUAAGGAGUUAUCAUAGGCUGUGCAUGCAUUACUGUGUAAAAAGCGGCGCCCAGUGGAUUUUAUAAAGACUACAAACACUUUUUUUUUUUUUUUUUGCAGUACUAUAUGUCUCCUGUUGGGGGCGCCAAAUAACAGGAAACCCAUGUGGAGGAGGGGCGAUGCUGCUGCAGGUUCGCUGUUUACCAGGCUAACUAAAGUCUAUCAACAAGCUAGUUAGCAGCGAGCAGUGUGAUACCUCUGCAACAGGACAACAUGCACUAGCUAACCCGGAGUCGUAUCAGUGUACAGACAAUCAAUCUAAAGCUUUGGACAAUUCCAGGCGGAUGUAAAUAUCUGCUUCAUUCAUGCAGUCGCUGCUGUGGAGAGGAGUUUGAGCUCCGAGUGGCGGGCAAAGCUCAGUCAUCAGCUCGGUGGGACAACGGGGACAACACGGCUCUCUCACCGAGAAGGAGCAUGGUGGUCCCGGACAGUACCAACGUGGUCCCCCAAGCUCACAAUGGUAGUGCCCCUGGCCUCAUGGAGACUUCUCAACCAGGUUGUGGAGAGGAAGAGGUGGGGGGUCAGGACCUUGCAGGGGUGGAGCUGGAGGAGGUCCGAAAGCUGCAGGAGCUUGUUCGUAGAUUGGAGGUCCAGAAUGAGACGCUGCGCAACAGAGGAAGCAGAACUAUCAUCAACAGAGGAGCCAGCAGCAACAGCAACCUCACAGCUGCUGUCAAUAUCAAUGAGAGGCUGAGCUGUGAAGGGGAGCCCAACUCUCACCUCAGGUUGGAGGACGGUGGCGAGCUGGGCAGCAGAGACUUUGAGUUGUCACCACCUCAGGACAGCAGCAGUGGUGAGGAGAUGUCACCUCUGCCUGUGGCCAACAGACUGGAGGAGGAGGAGGAGGAUGAUGAAGAAGAUGAGGGGGCAGAGGAACAGGGUCUAUGUGACGGCUUUCUGACGCUGACCUGCAGCAGCAGAACCGGACAGAGGCAAAGUGAGACUCCAGAGAGCCCCUCUCAGGAAAGUUAUGAGUCAGAGACACUUGCAGAGAGCGACUCAGGGGUGGACCAAACUGCACUAGAUGAGGUGGAUGUCCUAGAUUUGGAGGAUGAGUGUGCAGAAGUAGACGACGAGGACAGUUGGUUGUACGUGUCACCUAAAAAGCAGGUAGCAGAUGCAGGUCCAGAGUCUCCAUUGAAGUGGUGUCGGCAGGUUCUUGAUCACCGCAGCCCAGAGACAGAAAUGGCCUGUCGGACGCUGAUCAACCGCUUGGACCAAUCAGCCUCUCGAUGGAGGAACAUGUACAGCAGCCCGUCAGCAGAGGCAGGCUCAGCAGGCUCAGGGCUGAUCUCUCCUGGGUACCACAAAUCAACUAACAAAUCCCUACUAACCUGUGGCAGCUCAGGUGUCACAAGCAUGCACUCUGCCCUGAGCUCGCAGUCCUCCAUUGACAGUGAACUCAGCACAUCAGAUGAUUCCAUCUCUAUGGGCUACAAGCUGCAGGAUCUUACUGAUGUCCAGAUCAUGGCUCGCCUGCAGGAAGAGAGUCUGAGACAGGAUUACGCCUCCAGCUCAGCGUCUGCAUCACGUCGCAGCUCCACAGCGUCUCUGCAGUCCCUGCGCCGGUGUGGCACCUACAGCGACCAGGAGUUUGACAAUUAUAGUCUGGAAGAUGAGGAGGAUGAAUUCUGCUCCCUGCCCCAACGGAGGCAUCGCUUCACACCUUCACCUUUAGGCUCACCUCGGUGCCUCUCUCCUUCCACGUCCAGCCACGGUCAGGAAUACAGCAGCCGACUUGGGGCUCCACGCACAAGAACUCCCAGGCGAUCUCUCCAGGGCCCCAGUGCAGAGCUGCUCAAAUUUGCUAAGAGUGAAGAGGAGUUGAGGCACAGCAUGCCUAAUCUGGCCCCCCGCACCAGCCUACGUUCCCUGGAGGCAGUCAGAAACAGCCGCAGCAUGGAGGCUAACCUCCAGAGCUCCGGCAACCGCAUGUCCCAACUGACUCACUCCCCCUCCACAGGAGCAGCUUGUAGUCGGCUGCGAAGCAACGGCCAGUCCCCUCUCUCAAUACGGACUCCUGUGAAAGCUGUCACUCCUGUGGGCUCCAUGACAGCAGGUCGUCAGCCCCCUAGAGGGUUACCUGUUGUCCAAGGGCCACCUACAGGAGGGGGGCGCAGGAUCCAGUCCCCAGGCUCAGCCAAUGGUGGAACCUACAUACCUGGAAGAGCCUCCACUGGGGCAGGAAGGCCGGGAGUGGGUCGAGGACAGGCUGCGCCGUCUGCACCCACAAGAAGUAAACUUUCACAGCCACCUAGGAGGUCUCUGGGCAUGACCAAAAUAUCGGAUGAAUCCUGGAAGGAUGGCUGUUAUUGAGUCAAACUGCUGAUGAAGGAUGUCUACUGCUGCAACCCUCACCUCACCUCUCCCUAUAACCUCUGUAAGAAGAAGAAACAUAGCCACUGUGUCCACAAAUGUGUCGUACAACCCCUGGUCCCUCAUUUCAAACUGGAGCACUGGGCUUCACUGGAUUUAUAGUUGAGACUUGUCUCUUUCCCUCGCAUGAAACAUUGUCAACCCACACAGAGAGAUGAUGUGUAGGCAGACAAGAAGGCACACUCCACUUGUUAUAUGGACCAACUCGGAGCUUCCAGAAGAUUUGUUUGUGUCAAUUUUACUUAUUUUUCUAUGGUAACUGUGAGAAAUAUGCUGGAAAAUGGGCUGUAACUACUUAAUGUGGAUGUAACUGAUACGAAGACAAUUUAAUAAUGAAGACACUGCUGGUUUGUUUAAUUUCUUUGUGAAUUCCUACUAGAUGAAGGUGCUGAGUAUUGCAUGCUCGAUUUUUAUCCCCUGUACCUUUUCAUCAUAUAACUGCAAUAUGACGAAUUUUCAUGUUUCCCAAAACAUUCUGUGUGACUUUAUGAAUGUUUGAGUGGUUUAUUGUGAAAAUUACCCUUAGGUUUGUGUUGAGUUUGUGUUUUGCUCUUUGCUUACACAGCAGUGCAACUCCUGUAAACCACACUGCCCUUAUUCAAGAAUACUUAAAAUAUCUUUUGUGCCAAGGUGCAAUUCAGCUGGAACACCCUUCUAAUUCCAAAAUUAGUCUUAAGUUGUGGAAGGCACAGUGUUGCAUUUUUGAGGCAUUUUUACUGUAUAUCAAAAGAUGGAUUUGAGUGUUUGCAUUUGGAUACCACUGUAAUAAAGAAAAUGUCAUAAUUUAUGUGCAAGGCCUUUUGCCUUAGACAGCUAUGCACCCUCAUGCAGAGUGCCUCUGACAAUUAGGAGCUGUAAUGAUAAUGAGUAAUAAAGUUUACCCUGAAACUAU